AUGUUGCAUAUAUUGUUGGUGUUUUUAGCCUAUACCACAUUAUUAUGUGGCCUCCUCCAAGACGCCACGGGAGAGUGUGUGCCCGUGACUGACGAUACGGGUCCAGGAGAGCCCUUAUUUCUGACGCCGUAUAUCGAGCGAGGCAACAUCAAGGAAGCGAGGCGGCUGGCACGAGUUACGCUCAACGACAGCUUAAACAUAGAGAGCUACGCGGGCUUCUUCACAGUCAAUAAGGCCUACGACUCAAACCAAUUCUUCUGGUACUUCCCUAGCAUGUCCCCGGACAAAGCCAAGGCACCCGUGCUCGUGUGGCUGCAAGGCGGUCUAGGAGCGUCAUCGCUUAUUGGUUUAUUCGUCGAACACGGACCCAUAAGAGCAGUAAAAGGACAAUUCGAGCGCAGGAAAUACCACUGGGCACUGAAUCACCACCUCAUUUACAUCGACAACCCUGUGGGCGCAGGAUUCAGCUUCACCAAUGAUACAAAGGGGUAUUGUACAGACGAAACACAGGUGGGUGAGCAGCUAUACUCAACCCUAACACAGUUCUUCCAACUUUUUCCGGAGCUGCAACAAAAUGCUUUCUUCAUCACGGGUGAAUCUUACGCUGGAAAAUAUGUCCCAGCUCUUGGUUAUACUAUCAUCAAGAAGGGCUCAACGGCAAAAACUAAAAUUAACCUGAAAGGCCUCAUGAUUGGUGGGGCUUGGAUAAAUCCCGUCAGUCAGAGACACUAUGGGGUAUAUCAUGCCUGUGACUACAGUAACAAUGUUCAAAACCUUAUGAAACAAAAUCAAACUUGGACUUUGAAUAGCCUUAAAGAAGAAUACGAUGAAUACGAAUAUGUUUCACUAAUAAAUAAAAACGCUGUAAGAAAGGUUAUCCAUGUCGGGGACUUGUCAUCCUCUGAUAUUGACUCGACUGCGUGUGAUAAAUUGAUUGUUGAUUAUUGUAAAUCCAUGGCUCCCUGGUUGUCGGAAAUACUAGACCAUUAUCCGGUAAUGCUUUAUGGUGGAGAAUUAGACUCUACAGUACCAUAUGAUGGGAUUGUAAAUUUUUUGCGGAACCAUUUCAAUUUCACGGGCGCCUCGGAGUACAAUUCUGCAAAGCAGUACGAGUGGAGGGUGGACGGCGAGCCGGCGGGGUGCGUGCGGCGAGGGGGCCUGCUGACGGAGAUCUACGUGCUGGACGCGACGCACUACGUGCCUGCAGACCAGCCCAAGCGCGCCUGGGAUAUGAUCACGAGGAUCACGAGCGGGAAGGGCUUUGACCAAAAGGAAAUUUGCUUUUCACCAUGA